GAGCAUUAGCAUGUAGCUCCCGGUGCGGAUUAGCUCAUUCGUUUCCUAAUUUAAAGUUCGAAUUUUGUAAUAUUUUUAUUUUAUUGUUGUCUUUUUGAGUAAAAACUAUGGCUUGUCGGACGGUUUGUUUUAUGCUGCAGCGCCGUCUGGCGUCCGGCGCGGCGGCCGAGGGUCCGUCUGCGCCGGAGGUGCGCGGCUGGCGCGGCGCCCUGUUCUCCAAGGAGCUGGCCCGGCAGCGCUCGUUGUACCCACGCGUGGAGAAAAUCGAGGUGAGCGUGGACGGCCCGGGGCUGCAGGGGGCGCUGCUGGUCAUGAACAAGGGCGUGUCCACUCCGCACAGCUGUGCCAGACAUCUGACGGAGUGGCACGUGACGAGUUCGGCCCUCGCCCUGGUGGACGGCCAGCAGUGGCACGUGCACCGCCCGCUCGCGCGAUCCUGCUCCCUCGCGCUGCUCACGUUCAAAGACGCCGAGCCUCGGCUGGCCAAUCAGGCGUACUGGCGCUCCUGUGCGGCCCUGCUGGGCCAAGUGCUGGACCAGGCCUUUAAGGAGGAGUACCGCGUGGAGCUGCUGGAGGUACCGGAAGUGCCAGUGACGUCGGGGGCGUUCUGCUGCGACCUGGUCCUGGACCCUCGGUUAGAUUCCUGGACUCCCUCUGAGGAGAGCCUGCGCUCCUUCACCCGCGAAGCUCAGCGGCUCAUCCACGCAGAUUUACCCUGGGAGCCCCUGGAGGUGUCGCCCGCCGUGGCUCUGGAGAUCUUCUCUCACAGCAGAUUUAAACAAGAGGAGGUGGAGAAACUGGCCGCUCAAAGCCCCGGCGGCACCGUGUCCUUAUACAGGUGUGGGGAACACGUGACGCUGUCAGGAGGCCCCCUGGUGGGUAGAACGGGUCUCUGCGCUCAGUACGAGGUGACGGCUCUGCAUGCACUGGAGGAAGGACCAGGGGGACUGCAGCGCCGCGCCCAGGGUCUCUCACUACCCAUGAACCUCACGGCUCACCAUGCGGUGUGGAGGAAGCUGAGGAAGCGCGCAGAGAAGCUGGUGAAGGUUCCGGCGUCUCCGGCGAACGAAGCUGUGACCGCGCCCCCCUCUACAGAAGCCGCACCCCCUCCGUCCCGGCAGUGACCCACGGCUUCGGUCCCUUUGUAUCAUAUCGUCGAAUAAAACAAACAAGUCGGCA